GUGAGGGAAGGGGCCGCUCCUCCCCGCGCAGGCAGCGGCCGCGGGAGCCCAGGAGGCGGAGGCAGCGGCGGCAGCGGCGGCGGCUGUACCGUGCGGGCCGCAGGGAGCCGGCUGCGUCCGCCCCGCGCCGGGCACCUUCUCCACGCGCGCGGUACAAGGAAAUGCUAGAACUAGUGAUCUCACCCAGCCUCACUGUAAACAACGACCGCCUGGAAAAACUGAAGUUGAGCCUCGACGGCGACGUGACAGGGGCUCUGAGUGACAGAGAAGGUGUCACCAGAUCGGUUCCUCUGAGUGUGCCCCAGCUCUUUGCAAGACCUUGCCCACGCAUCCUGCCCAGCCCACCUUCUGCAACCAUGGCAGCCUAUGGCCAGACGCAGUACAGCGCGGGGAUCCAGCAGGCCACUCCCUACACAGCUUACCCGCCUCCAGCACAAGCCUAUGGGAUCCCUUCGUACAGCAUCAAGACAGAAGACAGCUUGAACCAUUCCCCCAGCCAGAGCGGGUUCCUCAGCUAUGGCUCGAGCUUCAGCACCGCGCCCACUGGACAGAGCCCAUACACCUACCAGAUGCACGGCACAGCUGGGCUCUACCAAGGGGCGAACGGACUGACCAACACAGCCGGAUUCGGGACAGUGCACCAGGACUAUCCUUCCUACCCUGGCUUCCCUCAGAGCCAGUACCCCCAGUAUUACAGCUCGUCCUACAACCCUCCUUACGUCCCCGCCAGCAGCAUCUGCCCUUCGCCCCUCUCCACAUCUACCUUUGUCCUCCAAGAGGCACCCCACAGCAUCCCCAGCCAGACCUCUGAGCCGCUGGCCGGUGACUACAACACACACAAUGGACCCUCCACACCAGCCAAAGAGGGGGACACAGACAGGCCACAUCGGGCCCCCGACGGGAAGCUCCGGGGCAGGUCAAAGAGGAGCAGCGACCCGUCCCCAGCAGGCGACAAUGAGAUCGAGCGUGUGUUCGUGUGGGACUUGGAUGAGACAAUAAUUAUUUUUCACUCCUUACUCACGGGGACUUUUGCAUCCAGAUACGGGAAGGACACCACGACGUCCGUGCGCAUCGGCCUGAUGAUGGAAGAGAUGAUCUUCAACCUGGCGGACACACACCUGUUCUUCAAUGACCUGGAGGACUGUGACCAGAUCCAUGUGGAUGAUGUCUCAGCAGACGACAAUGGCCAAGACUUAAGCACAUACAACUUCUCCACCGACGGCUUCCACGGCUCGGCCCCGGGUGCUGGCCUGUGCCUGGGCACAGGCGUGCACGGCGGUGUGGACUGGAUGAGGAAGUUGGCCUUCCGCUACCGGCGCGUGAAGGAGAUGUACAACACCUACCGGAACAACGUGGGCGGCUUGAUAGGAGCUCCCAAAAGAGAGACGUGGCUGCAGCUCCGUGCCGAGCUGGAGGCGCUAACAGACCUCUGGCUGACCCACUCCCUGAAGGCCCUAAACCUCAUCAAUUCCCGGCCCAACUGUGUCAACGUGCUGGUCACCACCACUCAGCUCAUCCCUGCCUUAGCCAAAGUCCUGCUGUACGGCCUGGGCUCCGUGUUUCCUAUUGAGAACAUCUACAGCGCCACCAAGACAGGCAAGGAGAGCUGCUUUGAGAGGAUCAUGCAGAGGUUCGGCCGCAAAGCCGUCUACAUCGUGAUCGGCGACGGGGUGGAAGAGGAACAAGGAGCCAAGAAGCACAACAUGCCUUUCUGGCGGAUAUCCUGCCACGCCGACCUGGAGGCGCUGCGGCACGCCCUGGAGCUGGAGUAUUUAUAGCACCCGCCAUCACAUCCACCACCCCUCAUUCCCCGCCUCCCUGCCAAGAGCCCCAGCUGCGGGACACCACCAGGCAGGGUCCCUGCACCCAGAGGACGUGUCCAGUGGCCGUGUCAGAAGCUGUCCUGCACGAGGGUACUGAGCCUCAAAGUCCCCAACACUGGCUUCGGAAUAUUUGACGCUGGGGAAAAAGGGCUGACGUGGAGUCCAGACACUUCUGCAAGACUCGCAGAACAAAGCAAGGACUUGCUAACUGCGGGGAGGGUGGCGAGGAGGAGGAAACAGGUUCUUUCUUUUUUCUUUUUAAUUUAUGGACAAAUCUCAUUACUCCCGUAUUACGCUCUUGUGCCUGUGUCGUUGAUUUUCUUAGUUGUCGGAUUGGUUUGGUUUUUUUGUAACUGGCAUGCGGGGUGGUUCACACUCUUUUCUCCAGGCUGUGCUUUGGGGGACAAUCACUCUUCGGACAUUGGCGAGGGAGGCGAUUGGGAACUGUGGGAAGACUUGCUUUGGUAGUCUCUAGAGCCCCUCCCCAAUGUCAUGGGGACCCCGCACAGUGCCUUAUGCUGCCAUCUUGUUUCUAGGAAGAGGGGAUGCUGGGAAGGAAGCAGUACUUUGUGAUGGAUAAAAGGCAUUAAAUAAAAUCACGUUUACAUUUUGAA